AGUUGGAUUCGCAUAAACAUGAACUGGCUAAAUUAUUUCUUGUCUGCUUCCAAAACUAAAUUUAUUUGUUGAUUUGAUAACUUGAUAGGCGAAUUUUGAAUUGAAAGUUAAUUAAUGUUUUUUCCGACUUCUCUUAAUGGGGAUGGGAGUCUGCACCAAAACAAAUGGAUUCAAAGCAGUUACUUUUGGUGUUAUUUUAUUUGUGCUAUUGAAUGUGUUAUUUAAUUAUUUCAGUAGUGAUGCUGAUGAUACGUUUUCUUUUUCCAAAUUAAGCGUUAAAAGAGUAACAAUUUCUAGUAGUCACUUAUACAAUGGAUCAGGGGAGUCGCUAGUUCACAACAUCAAUGGCUCUGGACAAAAAACAAACCCGCCGGAAUCGGAAUUCAAUAUCUCUGAUUCCAAUGAUACUCCGGCUCCCCGAGUGAUACUAAAUUCGAAAACAUGGGCCAAAAUAUCGGUGGAAAAUAAAACCAAUAAUUCCAACACUACACUUCCAAUUUGCAAGGAUCCUAAGCCAAAUGCUGGUGGUCCAAUAAAACCAAAUACAACAUUGGAAUCGCUGGAUUUUGUACAGCAAAGACUGUCUUCAACUGUGAUGAUGGGCGGUUGGUAUCGUCCAACAAAUUGUAUAGCUAAAUUUCGCGUUGCAAUUAUUGUACCCUUUAGGGAUCGUUAUGCACACUUAUCUAUAUUUCUAAAAAAUCUUCAUCCUUUUUUGAUGAAGCAAAAUAUUGAAUACCGAAUAUUCGUGAUAGAACAAACAAAUGGAAAGCUAUUUAAUAGAGCUGCAUUGAUGAACAUUGGCUAUUUAGAGGCAUUAAAAUUAUUACCUUGGGAUUGUUUCAUAUUUCACGAUGUUGAUUUACUUCCAUUAGAUGAAAGAAACUUGUACAAUUGUCCAAAUCAACCGCGACAUAUGUCAGUAGCAAUUGAUGUAUUCGGUUAUAAAUUACCAUAUAGUUCAAUUUUUGGAGGUGUUUCAGGAAUGACACGUGAACAUUUCUCGAAAGUAAACGGAUUUUCAAAUUCGUUUUGGGGAUGGGGUGGUGAAGAUGACGACAUGUCAAAUCGGUUAAAGCAUGCCAACUUGUUCAUAUCCCGCUACCCGGUAAAUAUUGCUCGAUAUAUGAUGUUGACCCACCAAAAAGAGAGGGCCAACCCAAAAAGAUAUGAGAAUCUCGUAAAUGGAGUGAAUAAGUUCGAUAUGGACGGUCUUAAUUCCAUCAAAUAUGAUAUUUAUAGUUUUAAAGAGUAUCCGCUUUUUACUUGGUAUUUAUCAGAACUCAAGAUGUCGGAUCAAAGAUGAUGCAGUAAAUAAGCGCUUAAAUACAAAACAUUCCUUUUUAAAUUAUAGCUAAAGUACCAAGUUGUAAAUAUGAAAUCAUUUGUUGUUUUAAUAUAAAAUAAAUCGUUAUUUCAUUCAGUUAAA